AUGUGGGAAGGGGCGUGGGGCUCCUACCAAGAAGGGAGGGGGCGCCGCAAAAGAGACGGCGAGAGGGUGCCCCUCGCCCCUUCCAGCGGGCAGCACGCCUCCGGGGGCGCCACGGACGGGGCUACUACCCCCGCCACAGGUGGCGGCAGCGGCGGCGGCGGUGGCUCCACCUCACGGAGCCCCCGAAACAUUCUCUCGCGCGGCGACAGCGGCCUCAGACCUCGCGAAGCAAAGCCUCGCUCGUCGCCGAAGAAAGGCUUUCUCCGGGGUAUGAUGAUGCCGGCCAGGCUGAAGAUGAAGCACCAGGGCGGGGGAGAUUUGACAGCGGCGGCGGCGGCUGCGGCGGCCGCGGCCGCGGCCGCGGCGGCGGAGGUGGACUCGUCGGCAUCGCCGAGGAGAGGUAGGGCCAUGACCUCGAUGGAACCGUCGGACGAGGCGGAGAUGCGGAGAAGGGCAGGGCGCUCACCGUUGUGGGCUCUCGAGCGGAGAUCCAGCGCUGCGGGCUACGAGGGCUUGCCGGAGAUGCCGAAGUCGUUGCCGAGCAUCGCCGACUCCUUGGAGGCCGUGCAGCCGAAACGAAGCAGGAGUGUAAGAAUAGCCGAGAUGAGCGAGGAGGACGCUCUGACGCGGGCCAUCACUUGCCUGGAAGACGCCCUAGGUUACAGAGAUCCACACUACUACAGCGACCCCGCGAGCAUCCGGAGCUACCGGCUGCGGCAGAGCCGCGCCUGGCAAUCGGGCACCUCGCUGGCCGUGCUGGCGUACAUCGCGGCGUGCUUCUUGGGCAAGCCGCCCUUCUCGGCGGACUGGGGCGGAAUGCCGCCCCUCUCGGCCCUGCAGGGGGAGAUGGGACAGACGUGGGGGCUGUUCCUCGAGUGCGGCUGCGUGGUCUUCUUCGCGUUCGACAUGUACUUGCUCUACAACGCGUUCAUGAACCUCUUCGCGCUCUCCACGACGGUCAACGACCCGGACGUGUGGAUGCCCCUCUACGACAGGGCUUUCGAGGCGUUGGACCAGGAGGGGACGGGCCACGUCACGCGAGAAAAGAUCAUGACGCUGCUCAAGACGAUCAGGCCGCACUACGGCGAGUCGAAGCGGUACAUGAUGUACGAGAGGAUCGUGCAGAGCGCCAGCCUCCGCGGCAGGCCGGCCCAGAGGAGAGGCAGGGCUGAGAAGGAGUAUGAGGCGGCCGAAGUUACGCAGGUGUACCGACGAGACUUCUGCAACAACGUGGUGGAGGCUCUCAGCCUCAAGAUCAGAACCAUGCGCGAACAGAACAUAGCCAGUACGGGGCUGUACUUGCUGCUUCCGCUGUACGUGUGGAACAUGGCGUUUGUGGUCAUCAGCUGCGCCAUGAGCCCCUGGGUGUUCAACACGGGCAUCUUCUGGCUCACCCUACUGCCGACAUCGAUCCUGCUGGGAGCGUCUGUUCUCACGGAGCUCGUCAUGACGGGUGUCCGGGCGUACUUCAUCCUUCCCUGGAACCGCGUGAAGACCCUGUCGCUCGCGCUCACCGCGUCGGGCCUGCUGUGGUUCGUGGCCUUCACUUCUCCCCGAGACUGGGGGAGCGUCUUCACGGAAGGGCGGGGGAACAAGUACAUGAUCACUCCCUCGGUAUUCGCCCAGGCCGGUGUCAUCUUCACGGUUUUCCACCUGUACUGCUACCUCGGGAUGGCCUUGUACGGCGGGGUGGUCACCCCUGGUGCUGAUUUCGGGGACACGCCGUUCGCCAACUCGCCGUACUACUACGAGAACAACUUCAACUCCUACCCGGAGGGACUGGUGACUCUGUUCGAGCUCUUGGUAGUCAACAACUGCGGCAGCGCUGCUGAGGCUAGCGGAGGCGGCGACGGCGGUCGGGACGGCAGUUACAGCCUAUUCAGCCUUAGGUUCAGGUCCGGUCUACUCGGGAGAAGCAGCAAGGGCGCGAGUACUAGCGCCGGAGGGGAUGGCGGGGGUAACGGAGCGUCUUCAGCGAGCGGAGAAAUGCCGCCCCCGCCCCCGCGCCCCCCAUCCGCGCAAGCAGCCAAGGACGCCGCCCCCGGCUCGGGAGCAAGAAACACCGCCGACACCGCCGACACUGCCGCUGCCACCGUGCCGGCGGUGUGGUUCCCGGACCCCUUCCAGCAGCCGCAGCAGCAGUCGGGGAGGCUGUCGGGGUUGCCGGAGAACGAGGAAGUGGUGCCGGAAUCACCAGGAGCGAGCUUGGAGGGAGCCAGGGACUUGGACCUAGGGUGGGGCAAGGGCGGCGCGGAGCCCCCAGAGCCGCCGCAGGGGGUCGCGGGUCACGGCGGGCGCACGCGAUGGGGCAGCGGGCACUACUACAAGGUCAGCCGGAGAAAUAGCUACUCGGACCGGGACAUGUUCGAGGGUGGAGAAGAUGAAGAGGACGUGCCCAUGAAGAUCCUCGGCGCUAUCUCCAUCGGUACAAGGAGCUUCGCCCUCGGGGGGACAAGACCGCCGGGGGGAUGGCGUGGCACGGCGACCGAGGGGGACUCAAGCGACGAAGAUGAGGCGAGAUUGGAACACCCCCAGUCGCACCUCAUGUUUGAGAGCAGCGGUUUUCGGAGGAUGGUUGCGCCGCACCUGCCGCUAAAGCCGGGCGCCAAGGCGCUGGGGCUUGCGAAAGACGACGAGGGCUGGGAGGCGAUGGCCAUGAGGGAUGAGCUGACGGACGUUAUGCUCCACAGCGCGUUCGGAGAAGCCAUCUCCAAAGAGUGUCCCUGCUACCCCCCGUCUCCCGAGCUUGGCACUUCAAGGUCUGGAGGCCCGUCGUUUGGUGGAAAGCCUGCCGCGGGCGCUGCUGCCGCGGGCGCGAGAGCACCCCCCGCCGCCUCCCCCAGGCGGAGGGCUCGGUCAACAUCGUCGUCCGAUGGGCGCGACGAUGACGAGGAGGAGGAAGAGGAGGAGGAGGAUUUCGAUCUUCCCAAGGACCUGGGGAUAAGGACGUGGACCAAGGCUCUCACGAAGGAGGAGAGGGCCAAGCGGAUGACGGGGCUUAAGAGCAAAACCGCCAUUCUCUCCGUACAGUGCGUCCUUGCUGCCAGGAGACCGGUGCCGGUGGUGGUCUACACGGCUAAACCGGUGCAGUGAAUGGUUUUUCGGGGUCCUCUUUUUCGCUCAGAGGAUGUGGAGUUUGGUGCUUUCGUAGACGUGGUUCGGAGUAUGGUCAGUGACAGGCAACGGGAUGCAACUCGCACUUUUUAACGGUUACGACACCGCGUACCGGCACCGUACCGUGCACUGCUGUGCAGUAGAGGAUUUCGGGCUGUUUUGUUGGGAUGGUGUGGAAUUUAACGCUUUCGUGGACGUGGUUCGGAGUAUUUUAGAAGGCCAGGGAUGAGCAACGGACUGCAAGUGGCAAUUACCGUACCGUGUACACGUACCGUGCCGUGCACAGUGUAACAGCAGUAGACGGUUUCAGGCAUUUUGUUGGGAUGGUGUGGUAUUUAAUGCUUUGGUAAACGUGGUUCGGAGUACUUUAGAAGGCAAGAGGGAGCAACGGCAUGCCACCUUGCAGUCGACGGCAGUUGUCGUCCUGCGUACAGGUACCGUACCGUGUACAGGACCGUACCGUGCACAGGUACCGUACCGUGAACAGUAGUGUAUUCGGUGUCGUUUCUUUUUGUUAGGAUGAGGUGGUGUUUAAUGCUUCGGUAGACGUGGUUCGAAGUAUUUUGCAAGGCCAGGGAUUGGCAACGGAACGCAACCUAGCACUUUACCGUUACCGUACCGUGUACAGAGUGACCGUACCGUGGACAGGUACCGUACCGUGUACACAGUGCAGUAGACCGUGCUCAUGCUUUUUGGGUGAGAUUUUGUUGUGUUCAUUGCUUCGUAGGCGUGGGUCGGAGAAUUGUAGAAGGCCAAGGAUUGGCAACAGAAGGCAGCCUCGCGCUUGACGGUCACCGCACCGUGCACAGGUACCGCACCGUGUGGAUCUACCGUACCGUGUAAAGGAUAAAGGAACACGUACCGUGCUGUGGACAGACCAACAAGGGUCGUGCCCUUGCUGCGUGGUGGCCGCGCUGUUCGGUUUGACACGGCUUGAGUUUGGUGGAGUGUUGCACUCUCGUCAGGUGUUGAUCAUCCGUGUGGGUGCUGGUUUAGAACAACUUUUCGUUCCUCAUAUGUUGUUUUGAGUGUCUUGUCUUUUCAUGGAUUUAUUUUGGCCAUAUCUUUUGCUUGGGGGUAUGCUUGAAACUUAAAACAUGUGUUGUUCGACCUCGAGGGUUUUCUUGCCAUUUUCGAUAACUUUAUCGUGCACCCUGCGUGGAGUACGUUGUGUUGAGUAAGGAGCUUGGUCUCUCCCGGGGAUGCUCUUGAUUCGGUGCGAGCGAAACUAGUGGGUUAAAUACUUUUGCUCCCGUGUAAUCUGUCUAUAUAUUUCGUGGUAAGCAUGUUUCUGUCUACUUUGUUCUUUGGGUAUGCUUGGCCAUGGAAGUCAACGUGUCUUUGCUUUCGUUCGGAAGUGAGGUGAGUGGAGGGGUUCGACAUGUAUCUCAGCGAUGAUAUUAUUUUCUGUGAAGCCAAGGCAACACCGAUCGGUGUGUCUGCCUUUUGCUCCGCCCCCGACUGUCGGACAAGGCACCGACAGGGGGUUUCGUGUAUCUGUACCGAUGAACCCGCCCCAUAACCUAUGAGUGCCGCUGCUGCUGUGGCAGCCUAAAAAGUAGCGGCCUUGUUCUAUUGUGUUCUUCCUUCGGCGCUGAUCUGGCAGCACUUAGAGGUAGGUAGGCUUGAUGCUGUAUGGGCGAGCGAUGGGGCGAUCUUGGAGGCACGACCCUACUGCCGGCGAGUGCUUGAAAUGCAGUUGGCUCGGGUAACCUACUCGAGUAUUUCGCACUACACAUUCCUGCAUAUGAUGCGAUAACUUUUUUUUUUCUUCAUGUAGUCGACAUCGCCUCGGAUAACCUGGGCGCGGGGUGGCAUUACCAAUCAUAUUCGUCUGCAAUUUGCUUUUGUUUUUUGUGGCAAACGGCGUGCCGUUUUGAUAGUGGUGGGUGUGAGUGGUUGGGAACCUUCCGCUGGUGGGUGUGGUCAUGUUUUCAAAGGGGGGGGAAUAGUUGUCAUGAAAUGGGACAGUUUCGUCCUUCUUUCGAAGCACGCACGUUUGCAGCAACGCGCGAAGCACGUUCCUUGGCUUCCUUCUGUGGGAACCUAAUGCCUCGCAGCCUCUGGGGAAAAAGG